AUGUCUUUCACCGACUUCUCAAACAUCGAGUCUCUACAAAAGUUGAACUCUCACUUGGCUGACAAGUCAUACGUCGAAGGUACUUCCGCUUCUCAAGCUGACGUUACCGCUUACAAGGCUUUCCAAAAGGCUUUCCCAGACUUCACCAGAUGGUUUAACCACGUCGCUUCCAAGGCUGACGAAUUCGACAGCUUCCCAGCUUCUAAGGCUGCCCCAGCUGCCGAAGAUGAUGAUGUCGAUUUGUUCGGUUCUGAUGAAGAAGAAGAUGCUGAAGCUGAAAAGAUCAAGGCUCAAAGAGUUGCUGAAUACGAAGAAAAGAAAUCUAAGAAACCAUCCAAGGGUGCUUCCAAGUCCAUUGUUACUUUGGAUGUGAAACCAUGGGAUGACGAAACCAACAUGGAGGAAUUGAUCGCUAACGUUUUGGCUAUCAAGAAGGAUGGUCUAACAUGGGGUGCUCACAAGUUGGUUCCUCAAGGUUACGGUAUCAGCAAGUUGCAAAUUAACAUGGUUGUUGAAGAUGACAAGGUCUCCAUGGAUGACUUGCAAGAAACUGUUGAAGGUGAUGAGGAUCACGUUCAAUCCACUGACGUUGCUGCUAUGCAAAAAUUGUAA